CCGCGUGUCGAGUCAUGAGUUCAUCCUCAGAACGGAGGGAUGAAUAUGAUGCUGAUGAAUGAAAAUAAAAUAAUAAUGGGGGUGAAUCGGAUUUAUAUUUAAUGAUGAUGGCGAUGAUGGUGAUAACGGAAUGGUGAAUGUAAGGGCGAUGGUGCUGAUGAAUGGUCGUGAGAAGAGGCCUGAUUAUGAGGGUGAAAGGACGUAAAAUUUAAUGCGACUAUGAUGUUCUUUGCAUGAUGGCGAUGAUAAUAAUGAUGAUAAAGAAGGAAAAGUAAUGAUAGUGAGGAAGACUGGCAGUAGAUACAAGUAGUUCACACUUAAAUGAAAUACUUUAUGUUGAUAGAGCAAGCACGUAAAAAUAAACCGUAUCACAAGUCAAAGCCAACAUUAUGUGUGAUAAUAUCAGCUCGGAGUUAAACCCAUUAGAAUAAAAUGAUUUAUGAAGAUUGAAAAAAAAAAUAAAGGCGCAAAAGAACAAAGAAGAAAGACUGAGUAAUACUCUUCCCAAAGUAAAUAUACACAUGAACAAGUAAAUGAAAAUGAUAACCGUAUCAAAAAUAGAAGAGGAAAAUAAGCAGCGAAGCCAGAAGACAGAAAUCACGCCAGAGUACAGAAAGUGUUGUGAAAAUGUGAUUUAAAUCGUUUGUGAAAGAAAUCAAGAAAAACAAAAAAUUAUAUUAUCACCGGAAUUUGAAGAAUUAUUUUCCAGAAACAAAAUCAACGCAGGCCAAGAUGGUGGUAUCCGAAGGAGCGAUCAACAACAUCAUGGGUGGGAUGGAGAACACGGCCGGGGUGCGGCUCCAUUCCCACCGACACAAACUCAAACAGCGGUUCGACAUAAUUCGCAAACUGGGCCAGGGCACUUACGGCAAAGUGCAGCUCGCGGUCAACAAGGAGACAGGGCAAGAGGUUGCCAUCAAAACUAUCAAGAAAGCCAAGAUCGAGACGGAGCAGGACCUCAUACGAAUCCGGAGAGAGAUCCAAAUUAUGUCGUCCGUGCAGCAUCCACAGAUCAUCCACAUAUACGAAGUGUUUGAAAACCGCGAGAAGAUGGUGCUGGUGAUGGAAUAUGCCGCGGGAGGAGAACUUUACGACUACCUGAGCGAGCGGAAGGUCCUGUCAGAGGACGAGGCGCGAAGGGUCUUCCGCCACGUCGCCUCAGCCACGUACUAUUGCCAUAAGCAUAAAAUUUGCCAUCGUGAUCUGAAGUUGGAAAAUAUUCUACUCGAUCUUGAAGGGAAUGCGAAGAUUGCAGACUUUGGUCUAUCAAACGUCUUUGAUGAGAAGCAUCGAUUGGAUACAUUUUGUGGCUCGCCGCUGUAUGCCUCGCCAGAGAUCGUAAAGGGCAUCCCAUAUACUGGUCCUGAGGUUGAUUGUUGGUCAUUGGGAGUUUUAUUGUAUACAUUGGUUUAUGGUGCAAUGCCCUUCGAUGGCUCCAACUUCAAACGUCUGGUAAAACAGAUCACACAAGGAGAUUAUUACGAGCCAAAGAAACCUUCAAGCGCGUCCGACCUCAUCAGAAGCAUGCUCACAGUCUCUGCCAGCAAACGAGCAAGCAUAGAGGACAUCUGCAGCCACUGGUGGGUCAACGAAGGUUACCUCGAGUCGUGCCUUGAUGUUGCUGAAGCCCUUGCCAACCAGACCCCCGUGCGCCUGGACCUGCUGCUGUCCUUGGCCCCCAAGCACAUCAACUCAGAACACAUGCUAAUCCAACCCGAGGAAGAAGACAGUGCCAGAUCCCCGCCUACCUCAGAAGCAACGCGUCCACCUCCCCAGCUUCAGUUACCUCCUCCUCCUCCACCCGACCCAACUCCUGUAGCAGCAACCCGCUCAGCUUCUCUCGGUGCUGUUACCUCCAUAAAUCGCAAUGAGAUUGAAGCUCUGUUGGCAAAGAAAAUACAGGAGAAGAAAGAAGAAGAGAGAAAGAGGAAAGCUGAUGAAUCUGGUACUAUAGACAAGAAAAAGAAAAGAGAAUCUGGUGUUGAAGGAACUCCUAAAUCUAGUCGCAAAGAGCGGAAAACAGAUGUCAAUUCACAUGAGGUGGGAAGUGGUCGCAAGCCACCGGCUGGGCCGGAUGGCGACACAAGUGAGCGGAAAAAGAGUGUUAAGAAGCGAGACCCAGCUGUGGAGGGUGAGACAUCUGAAAAAAGUGAACGAUCAGAGCGUAAGAAAAGUGUUAAGAAGCGUGAACCUGUUAUUGAUGGUGAUGCUAGUGAUUUAAGUGAGAAGUCUGAAAGAAGAAAGAGUGUGAAGAAGCGGGAAACUUCAGCAGAAAUAGAUACUAGUGAGAGUGACAGGUUAGAAAGAAAGAAGAGUGUUAAAAAGAGAGAACCAUCAGUAACUAGAGAAUCCAGUGAGGAUAAAUCAGAAAAAAGAAAAAGUGUGAAAAAGAAAGAACCUUUAAAAGAAAAGAGUUCUAGCAAGACAGGUAGUGAAAGUGUAACAGAACCCUCAGCUGUGAUAAAUGGGGAGAAGCAUGAAGCGGGUAAAUCAAAGGACACACAGAUAGAGUCUCUAGAGGACCAAUCAUUGAGUCUGAGUUUAAAGCCACCACUGCCUAAGGACCAAGUAAUAGAGAAGGGGAAGCCCUCUGCCAAAGAUGUAGCAUUGCCGAAAAAUAGCAGUAGAGGUGAAAAGGAGGAUGUGGUUACAGAGCAGCCAGAGCCCAUGGAAGUAGAGUCAGCCACUCCUACACUGUCUGUGAGUGCCCCAGGCCCCACCAAGACAUCAGGGAGUGCAAAGUCAAUAGGAUCUGUUGCCUCAAAUGAGGGCACCCUGAAGGCAUCAGACUCCUCAUUAUCUAGAGAAUCUAUCAGUCCAAUGAAGUGUGAUGCAGCGUUGGCUCCCAUACCUCAGGAAACACCUAAGAAAUCGAAAUCUCCAUCUCCAAGCCAGACUCCAAAGGUGAGGAAGGUGAAGUCAAAGUCCAUAGUCAAAACGUCGUCUAAAAAUUCAGUCGAAGGCCAGCCAUCGGAAACAGUGGCUGUCAAUGGUGAAAGUAUUAGGGUUGCCCCAUCUCCUAUUCCCAAAGUAGAUGAGACUGAAAAAGUUUUGCAAGAAACAGCUGAUAAGAUUAAGCUUUCUGAGGAAUCACACAUUCCUAUAAUAGUGAAGACAGGGGAUGGGGAAACUCAGGUCAUAGAGACGGGAAAUGAUGUCGCCACAAACAAGGAAGGUGAGUCGGUCAGUGAGCCUCGGCGGAAGGAAAGUGAAUCAGCUACAGAGUCGGUUUCGAGUAAAGAUGCUAGCCAAUGCUCAUCCAUGUUGUCAACCCCGGCUCGGAGUCGAGCUGGUUCUGAGUCAUCCACGGAGGCUCGACCAUCCCGUACAGAUCCAGCCAAACGUCAGUCCAAAAUAUUUAAGGCGGCUGCCAUGUGGGAGAACCAGGGAACGCAGCCUCCACCACCUUUCGAGAAACCAAAGAAAACAGUACGAGCUGGUGGGAAAGUUAUGACUGACCUUGCCAAGAAGUUUGAGGAAAAACCAACCAUUGAACGGAAGAGUAAAGUGGUACCAUUAUUUAAGGUGUCUGAUGCAAGGAAAGCCUUUGAACAAAAGCCAGCAGAUAAGCCAAGUGUCAUCCUGAGGAAGAAGCCAGUAACAGAAUCUUUGCCGUCAUCACCAACAAACAAAGACACUCCUACAUUGGCCACAACGCAGUCUGGACCAAUUGUAUCAGAAGAGGGAGUCAAGGGACUGAAGCCUUCCGCAGAAGGUACAACAACAGUGGAUCUGAAGAAAGACAAAACUCCGGUCAAGGAAACAACCUCAAAAGUUGACGCUGAAAGGGAGAAAUCACCCAGGGUGGUUGCCAAAGAACCUGUUAAGGCUAAAGAAAUUGCAAAGUCAGAAACUCCCAAACCAGAAAUGUCAAAAGUUAAGGCACCACAGCCUGAAAAGGUUGAUCAGAUCCCUGUUGAGAAGACAGAGAAGAAAAAGCCUGAGGAAGAAGAGAAAAAGGAGAAAGUUGACGAUGCCAAGAAGACUGCAGCAACAGACAAGCCACGGGUUGGUGCUGAUGAAAAGUUGGUCACUACGAAGACUCCCACUCAUACCCUAGAGGUAAGUCCUCGGGAAAUGGUGACAAGCUCUGAAGAGGAAGAGGCUGUUGUAGUGGGUGGUCUUAACUUGAAACUUGGUGGUGUGGGUAAAAUAUCGGAAGUAGGGACUAAGCAAGAAUUGCGAAAGGCCGAGUCAUCAGACUCCUCGGACUCAGAAUCGGAGGCAGAAAAACUCCUCAAGCUUUUGUCUGAGAAGCGAGAAAAGGUGGAAGCUGCAAGGAGAGAGAAGCUACGCAAGGUGUCCGAAGCCAAAGAGCGAGAGAUCAAGAAAGACAUGCCAUCCAUCAAGGAAGAACCCCAAUCUAAAUCUCCCUCAAAAUCCCCCUCUAAAUCUCCUUCUAAAUCCCCUGAGGUCAUCAUCAAGCCAGAACCAAAGGAAAUGGUAGAACCAAAGGAAACACCUCCAGAGCAGAAGUUUGCCACGUUGCCACGAGGAUUCAAAGCAAAAGCUCCAGCGUCCGCUGCGUCAAGCCUAGUGUCAGAAAAGGAGCGCUCUAGAUUACAACCUUCUGAUAAACUUUUAAAGGACAAUGCCAUCAAUGAAGAAAUAGAAGGCAUGAUGUCUGCCAUUAAGGCAGUGGAUCGGGCAAUAACAAAGGAAGAAAAGGAAAUCAAGAUUCUCCGUGAUUCAUUGGCACGAAAUCUGCCAGAAAGUGUAGAGAGUGAGGAGGUGAAGCCCCGUGAGCAAUCCCCCUCACAGCAAGUGCAACGGCCCCCAGUAGUUAAGGAGGUCCAAGCCAUUCCACCAGAACAGGUUCUUGCGCCCACGCCACGGGACGAGCCAGAAACUUCCACCCCUUCAGUUCCUAUUGUGCGGCAGGUUAGGAUAGAGACCAGCCCAGGCGUUAUACGUCCUGCUACACUUGUGGUGUCCGGGCCUCCCGGCAGGGCUCCGGGGACACCGGGAAGGAUCCCUGAGCAACAAAAAAUACUGGACGCAGAUCGCAAGAAGUCUGAGAUGGAAAUCAUUCUCAACAAGAAGAAGCCUGAGGAACAGGAUCCUAAGAUGAAAAGCAAGAGAUCUUCCUAUGCAGAGAUCCAGCUUACCUCCCCUACCACCAAAGAGGCCCCAAAACAGGAAUUCAAAACAGAAGUCCGCCAUAACGUAGCACCUUCUCGUGGAGUCGGAGAGGCACAGUUGCAGAGAGCUAAGCGAGAGCGCAUUAUUCCAAUCAUGCUAGAGGAUGACGAUGAUGAUGAUGACCGCACUACCAGUGAGAGCCUUUCUCAUAGCGAGAGACCCAUAGGAACCUCAUCAACCACAGGCUCACGCGUCACGUCUCCACUUCCCUCGCAGCCUUCUCUUGCACGUGCUGCCGAAUCUCGUCCUACAUUCAAUGCAUCACCUGAAUCUCUAAGGAAAUCCCGUCGUGAGAGGAUCAUCCCUAUAGCAGUGGAGGGUGAGGGCAUCGUCACCCCCCCACCCCAUAUAGAAGAGGCAGCUGAACUGGGUGCUGCCCGGGCCCACCAAGCUUUCUCUCGCACAAUGGCAGGUCGACCAAACACUCUCAACAGUGGGAAGGUGGAAGGUGAAGGGGACACAGGACCAAUAUCCCUCACCAGUUCUCUGUCGGGUCCUCCUCCUGUUUCUCGUAGGACCCCUGUAGACCACUCCUCCACUCCUUCGUGGCAGCGCCGGCUGUCCCACACUAACAGUCGAGGACAAGGCUUCCUUCUGGACCACAGUGAAAGCUUCAGUUCAGCGGGAGAAGAGGAAGAGGAGGAUGAAGACGAUGGUUUCCAGAUUCUCACAGCAGAGUCACUCUUUUCAACAUUGCUCAACCGCGUGCGCUCACUCACCAGGAAGAUGAAUGCAGAUGACAUGCGAAGUGAUAGAGCCAGACGACUGUCAAACCAACCUACACCUGAGCCAGGCACAGCACCAAGCAGUGCAGGGAUUGGAACUGCCCACUCCAACUCUUCUGGCUUCUGGUCGUCACUUUAUAAUUCGCCGCGGGACUCACCUGCAAGGAGAAUCUCAGAGACGAUGUCACGCAGUAGCCUGGGUCGCGACGAUGAUACAUUUGGAGGGAUCAGUUCACCCCUCUGGACCCGUAGUGUAUCGCGUGACACCUCAGAUGCUGAUACUUUAUUCUCAGAAGCUUCCACACCAUUUGGUACACUGCCGAGAGGAUGGCGAGCGCCAAGGUGGUCUGGAGCAGAGGACGGAGGGGAAUCUGAUACAUCUGAGGCUUCUGCGCGAUCACUAGGUCGCCGCCCACAGUAUUCCCGUGCACCUUCCAGGGAACUCCAUAACAUCCCUGACGAGGAACUAGGGCUGCUGGGCGGGCGGGCAUACUCUGGAGGAGGCAUGUCCCUUCCUCGCCCCUAUCCAGGAACCAGCAGUGGCCUUACAUCACAAGGCAGAAUGAUGCAUGAUUCAGCAGACAGAAUAGCAUCUAUGUACGGCACAUUGAGAGGGCCUCAUCGCCGUCCACACUCCACUGUGGGCGGCCAUCCGGGGGAAGCUUUAGGGAGGGAUGGUGGGCACUGUGAGCGCCAGUCAACCAAUGGCUCUGCUGCUCACACAGGCGUGCACUCUAACCAGCGCGCCUCACAGCUUUCCCCCAGUGGCUCUACAGUACAAUCACCUGAGGACACAGAAGCUCUCAAGCAGAGCGUGCAGGAGCAGCUCCAGCAGUUGGUUCGAGAGCUGGAGGCAGGAGAAGAUCAGUUACCUCUUGCACCACAACCACCUCUUCCACCGGAGCACCCACAGCCCUUUCAACAGGGUUACUUGUCUCCUUCUGUCAAAGCUUUGGUGUCUCCUCCUGACACACCUAUGUUCACACCACCUACUACGCCCUUGCAGUCACGAAAUACACUGCCAGGCUCUUUAGAAAUACAGACACUGUCCCAAGAAACAACCCCAUACAGUACACCCACACCCUCUCUCUCUCAAUUCCCGAUUUCCCCUACAUCACCAGUCCAAAGCAUCCAGUCACCAAUCACUACACCAUCCCCUCUCCCACAAGUUCACUUUCGUUCCCAUAGUGAUGAUGCCGCUGCUCAUGGGAGAACAACUGGUACAAGUUUUAAAGACAGUAUCACUAACAGCACAGUACCGAAGCAAGCAAGUCAUAAAGUUGUUAGCCAAGCAAGUGGCCCUACCCCAAGAACUGAGGGAGGGGGGCAAGAUAGAACAUCCCGAGGUCUUCUGACACGGAUUGGAGGCAAUGAGCAGGUUGGUUAUAAUGCAAUCCUGGACAUCAGUAGAGAGAGAGCCACAAGCCCUGCCAGCAGUGAGAGUGCAGAGUUUGGACAUGUGAAACGUGUUUCAUCCAACAAUGAGGAAUGGCUCAAGCCCGCUGGGGCAGUUGUGCGGAAUGUUGAUAAUACAGCUUUGGAAGCUUACCGACGUUCACGUGGGAAGGGUGAUGUACUGGAAUAUCAAAGAGGAAAAUCUGAAGACCUGCGACACACUCUGGACUCCUUAGAAAGACUUGAAAAUCAAAAAAGUAGGAUCACACCUUCCCGUCCAUCAUUUUGCCGGGAGCCACCAUUAGAUGAAGCGACAUACUCUAAUAUCGGAGACUUUAACCGGACAAACUCCGGAACACCAGCCAUGACAGCUGCUAAUCUUCAGUUGCAUAACCAGUUAGUGGCUGCAAAUUCUGCCAACUCAAGCAUAAACAACAAAGACCCUACAAACGCCAAUAGCAUUGGUUCUGCAAACACUCUUGGAAGAGCAAACAGUAACACCAGUGCUUCUAAUGACCAGAACAAUAACAAUGGUUUGCCUACUAGUCGCUCUGCCACUGGCAUCCCAGUCAAGAGCAACAGUCGUGGCAGCCUCAGCACACGCAGCAGCUUCAGUGGGAAUAGUAUUAGCGGAACAAAGCCAGGGGAGUUGCUCCAACCUAAAACAUACAGGCGUAGCAAAUCCAAAGAACUGACUCCUGCCAUUGAAGCUGCUGGGGAGAAACUCAGCCAACUCAAUUCGGGGACUUUGAAGAGGAUAUCACCAUUUGAGGCAUACAGGCGCACUAAGUCUCGUGAACUGCCACUGGAAACUGUGAACCGUGACACCAGAAUAAAAUCUCCUCCACCAGCAGGACCAGAACGAGCAAAAUCUCCUUUCGAGAGGGCAAGGUCAUCCAUUGAAAAGAAGUUCGAGCGGGCUAAAUCGCCAAUAGCAGAACGGGCUGCUAACCGUAAAAGUGAUUUUCCUGCCGGUAAAGCCCCAGUGUCUCCAAUAAUGAAUCGAUCAUCAAAUAUCGUAAAGGAUGAAGACCGUCUAGCAGAAACUACAAAAAUACCAGAGCUAGAAAAUGUUCAGGUCUCAGAGAGAAAUAAAGAAAUAGAACGGGAAAAGACAAAGGAAAGCGAGAAGGAGACAGACAAAGAGAAACCAAAGGAUAACAAAGUCAAGAAGACAUCAUCAUGUGAUCCUGAGAAACCUAAAUCUAUGUAUAAAUUGCUUGCUUCACGUUUCAAUCGUUCAGGAUCCAAUGUCCCAGACUCAAGUGUGCGCUCAACUACAGACAAACGUUCAGAGGAAGAAGACGUGAGUGAGAAAGAGGACAGGUUCCAUCUGAAGAGACCUUCACGUUUCCUCAAGCACAAGACAGAAAAGAGCUCAUCCAAGUCUAGCGUGUGUGAUGAAGAUGGUUCAGAACGCCUUGAGAGGAAGCCAUCCAAAAAGCUUACAGAUGCUCUUAACAAGUUCCUAGGACGCAAAGAAUCCAAGGGAGAAGAACCGCGUGCUGCCGCAAACACAUUACAACACCCAAAUGUUUUAGUUACAGGCACUGAGGAAGAGUUUCCUAAAAAGCCUCCACGAGUAAAGCCUAAGAAAUUCUCGAAGAGUCAUGAAAACCUGUGUCUGUCAAGUGUAGCAGAAGGAGGUGAGAUAGUAACAGAUCCACAGCAAGCUGACAAAAUGCAGGCUGCUGCUCCACAAGUUGCUGCAGCCACUUCUCAGCCUGGUUUUACUCUUGAGUCUGUCACAAAGAGUAUUUGUGACCACCUUUCUCAACUAGAGAGUGAUAUUACUUCGCGCAUUGGGAACAUGGGAGUGCAGGAGCAAGGUACUAUAGUACGGCCCACAGGAACACCCUGUCGUCUUCCUACAGCUUCUUCUGUACCAUCUCUUACCACCUACGGACUCUCGCCAGCACUGGCCAGUCGCCGCAGUGCAAGACCUACCAACUUAGACUUAGCUGCAGCAGGUAUUGACAAUCAUAAGGCCGCACAAGCAUCACAAGCGCAUACAGUCACAACUGCCAGCAAGGACAGCAACCACAUUCCCAUAAGUGAGAGUGAAGGAGUUAAGUAUGCACAAAUUAAAAGACUUGGAAGUGGCACAGGUGAAGUGGCCCCCUCAGAGGAUGGGAGUCAAACCCCCACAGAGUCAGGCGAGUCUACAACGUCUGGCCCUGAUGACCAACGGGGUGUCAGUGAGAAUGAUGAUGAGAGCGUAAUGGACAGGAUCACCAGGAAGAGUUACUAUUCACGUUUCCAAGAGAUUAAGAAGAAGCCAAAACUGAGACGAGCCAACACCAAGGAAGACAUGGACCAGCAGCUGGCAGCAGCAAAGGCUAGACUCAUGAAGGAGGACCAGGAGCGUGCAAUAAGAGAUACCCUCAGUCCCCACAAGUAUACGUCCCCCCUUGGUUCCCCUAGAGCCAAUGUUACAUCACCCCCCUCAUGGGAGAACCCUCGCCGUCACUCUCGCAAGUCUUUACCACCAGAAGAUCUAAGUCAGACCUAUUCAGGUGGACGCCGGGGUGCUUCUCUGCAGCCAGAUGACCUGCCUGGCAUCCGUCGUUUGACCUCUGUCCAACCACCAGACGUGGCCAUGGGAGUCAAGCGUCGUCUGCCCUCCAUGCCUCCUGAUGAGCGCGUCCGUUCCUUCCGUGCCCCAUCUACACCUAGGGAGUCUCUCUCAGGUCGUCGUGUAAAAUCAAUCCCACCAGAAGACAAAAUGUAUGGCCAACGUGCACCAUCAACUCAACCUGAGGACAUCAGAAGACCAUCUGCCAAGAGCCCUGAGGUAAAGGCUGAUGAUAGUAAUGCCAUGCCUGAUGUUGUAGCUGCUGCUGCAGCUGCAGGAGCACUAGCAGGAGAAGUGGCAGCUGUUGCAGCUUCAGACGGAACAAAGGAGAGAGGUAAGUCCAAAUCUAGAGAGCCGUCUGUAAGUCGUUUGAAGAGUCCUGAUCCCACGGAGUCCUGGAGUAGUGCCAAGGAUGAGACUCGCACUCAGGCCCGUGAGGAACUAUCUCGUCGUCUCACUCACCUAACACGCAUCUCUGGCACAAGUGGGAUAGCAGCAGCUAAAAGAAAUGUUGGUCUGGCAGGAGGCAAUGCAAGUGAUGGAGCUGGCAUUCGGCCAUACCGACGCACCAACACUACGGGACUUCUGGGAGAGCCUACUUCUACUACCCAACCAGGAACCAGUACCAGCACUGGCAAGACCCUUACGGAGAGACCUGCGUAUCGCCGCACAAACACCAUGGACCUCCCACCUGCAGAUGCAAGAGCACGGCCUGGGAGUGAAUACAGGAGGAUGCUUCAGGACCCUGCUCGUCGCUACUCUGCCGCCAGAUGUCCUGCAAGUGAUGGCACCCCUGCCAGGUGGCCUCCUCCCGUCCUCCAGCGCAUGGCCCGGGUUGGGCUUACUGGAUUGGUCUUCCUACAAGAGACACUCGUGGAAGAUGAGGCUCUCAACACUACCCCAACCCGUACCACCUCUCGUCUAACUUCGCCGACACCCCAGAGUUCAACCUCCUCCAGCUACAGAAACUACUCCACCUUGGAUUCUCCGAGAUACUCCAGUGCAUCCUCCUCCAUCACGCCAUUGUCACGCAGAACGUCUUUCUAUCGAUAUUAAAAUACUGUAUGGGUUUCUUCAACCAAGUAUCAUAUCUUGUACAUUGAAAUUAUUUUGAAAUUUCUCUUUUUGAGAAAAUGAGGGAUACAGAUUUUGUUUUUAAAAAUUAAUAAAAGUGAGAAACUGUCAUCUAAAACUUUUACUCUGGUAUACUUACUGUAUUCUUCCCAGUAUUUCACUGCAAGCCUAAUUUUACAUAUUAAUAUAACCUAAGCAAGUUCUGUCAAUCAACUUUUACCAUAAAUGAUCCCAUUUUUCUAUGGAAUGCCAUUGUCUGAAGAUAAAUAAAAAGGAGAAAAAGCAUUUUAAACACAAGAAGGUACAACUUACUUUGAAACACUAAUUAUGAGAUUUCUGUCACACUAUCAACAUCCUAUUUAUUAAUCAAUUGUUUUUUGUUUCAAUUAUAUUAUCGUCAGAUAUCCAUUUUCAGAUGUCUGUUUUUAUAAUGCUUGUUUUUUUUUCAAAUAUAGUAGUAUAAUUUAUUGCUUUGUAUAUGUAUUUAUUUAAGUUUUAACUAUUUAUUUUGUAGAGAGGAAAGUUUGAAUUGGUGCUAAUUUCUUGGGUGUUUAUAUGAAUGUCUCUUGUGUGAUAACCCACACUUACAUUGCUGUAUAUAAUGCAGUUAGCCAGAACACCAUUUCUACUAUAAUCAGCAUAAUCAAAAGCUGAAAAUUUAUUGCAACAGAAUCAGUCACUUCCAGUGUUACCAAGAUAAAUCCUAAAUACAUAUAUUCUACCUGCAGUCACACCCUCUGAAACAAGGAGGCCUCUCUGGAGCUCUUGUGAGUCCAAUCGAGGAGCUCCCCGUCAUAUUGUGGAAAACUGUCAGGUUGCCUUCAUUCACUUUUGAAAACAGCAUACAAGAUUGUUAACCAUUUAUUGACCCUUAACAGACCAUAAAUAUUUAAAAACUGUUUCUCCAUUAUCACUUUCAAAGAAAAAAAAAAUAGAUUAGGAAAUAAAGAACUGCAUUUGUUAAGUUUCAAAGCACUAUAUCCUGACAGUAUCUACAUCCCGCUUUAUCAAAAGCACAUAUACCUCCUGAUGUUGUUCCACGGGAGCAACCAUCAGGAGAAGCUCUUACCCUCCUAAAUCUAAUCUGAUGUGUGCAUUGGCCAAGUCUAUCCCACAACAAUCAUACACAGAUAAGCACACUAUCACAUCACUCAGGGUACUUGUGGUGUUCUGGAUCUCCCUUGCAGUGCUUCCAGUACUCAGGAUUAUCAUGAUCAUUGCUCACAGGUGUUAUACAAAUAUGUAAGUAUUCUGAAGGUAUGCCUACAUCAAUAACAAUAUAUGCUUGUACAAGCAAGGUUACUUGUCUCAGCUGAUGGUUCAAAUUUGUUAUUCAAGUUAAAUACAUUUUUAAGUAAGUCAACUGUUUCAUUUUUUUUAAAUUCACUCUUGUCAGAUGCAAGUUUGAUAAAAUUAGGUCUUCAAAAGAUCAUAAUAAUUUGCCAAUACAAUAACAUGAAUGUGAAUAUCUUAUGUAUGCAAUCCUACAGAAUUAUGUAAUAAAUUGUGCAACUGCUCUACUUUACAAAAUUUCAUCAACUCCAUUUUGGAUAAAUUCAUAAUUAUAAAAUUCGAAUUUAAUCUGUGGAUUGGAUUCUAAUGUCUUGUAGUAGUGAUGAUGAACUGUAUAGCACAACCAUAUCACAUUUUUGCAUUUUACAACAUUAAUGUCUGUAUUUAUUUAUAGUAAGCCAAUGAAGUGUAUAUAAGAAGCUUUUCAUAUCUUGUAAGAACAGGAAUAAACAUCCAUCUUGUAUAUCUAUGUAAAUAUUUUUUGUAGAAUAAUGGAUAUCUUAACAGAUAAUACUGUAAUAAAAUAUAUUGUGAAAGUUCUCAGGUUGAUAGUGUGACCUCAAUAGCACCGAUAAAACAGAUCAUAAUGACAAUGCAUAAAGACUAUUAUUUCUCAACUAGGACACAACUACAACUGACCCUACUUAUGUGAAUUUUCAAGAAAACUCUGCCUACUUUUGUAGCAUACCAUUUUAACCGAAACAUGGAUACUGUAUCUACUACAAAUGUGGUUUCAAAACCUUUAUAUGGCAGUGCAUUUGUUCAGUUCCUGUGGUGAUGCAAUACAGACGCUAAUAUGUAUUGUGUCUUUGGUAACCCAUUAUUUGGAGGCACUUAUUUUCUGGCACCCUAUGACAGUUUUCCAUCUGUAUUGUGCCUUAUGAUAAUUGUAAAUAUUUGUGGUAUAACCCUUUUUUUUAAUAUUUGUAUUUCUAAGAUGAAGUGAUUGUUAAUUACUCUUAUUGUGUCAGUUCACUUAUUUGUAUCUAUGAAUGAAUAUUUUUCAUGCUACUGUGAUUUUAGACUGUAUUUUAGUUUUUCUAUUUGUAUCACAGAUGACUAAGGUAGUUUCUAGCAUUUUGAUUAAAUUGAUUUGUCUAAAUAGCUGCUUCUUUCACACCCUAUCAAGAUUAUGAAGUUCAGGUAACCAGACCUAAUGAACAAUUGCAAUAAGGCAGUUGCAGAGAAAUAUUUUUACUGUACUAUAUAAUACGGAUAUUUUUUCUUUAUUUAUACUGCUAACAUCAUUAUUAUUUCAACUGCUAUGUAUGUGUUCAUGGGUGUGUGUGUAUAUAUAUAGACUGUUAGACAUUUACAUUAUACAAUUGAUCUGCAAGCACAAAAGCACAUGGGUCAACACUUGAGUCCUUUACCCUGGUGUGUAAUAUAUACAGGCAGGGGCUGUAACAUUUACCCAGGUUGUUGAUAUUCUUGUUUAACCAAGUGUGUUUAUUUAAGAUUAUAUAUUGUUUAGGAUCUCUCCUGGACAGGCUCCUUCUGUGUUUCUUAAGUAAACAGUAAAAAAUAAAUAAUAAGCUCA